AUGUACGGCAACUUUCAUCGAAUUCCUUAUCCCAUCCACAAGAGCCCCAUGGACGGGGACACAGCCCACCGCGACCUCGACUGGGUAUACGCCUCCCAAACCGACCGGAUCUACGUCCUCCGCGUCGGCGAGUUCGGCGUCACCCGCCAGCAGAAGCUCGACCUGCUGCAAAAUGUCUUCUGGCCCGCCCUCGUCCGCUGGGUCAUCUCGAGGCAGCAGAUCCUGCCCGGCGGCACCAUACUCGGCGGCUGGUGGCGCGCCGACAUGCAGGGCAUCAUGGACUGGUAUCGCGAGUGUCUUCACAUGACGGCUCGCUGGGAGGACGCCAUCAUCGCUCACACGGACGGCAUCUGGAGGACCGCGCUGGAGACGUCGCCCUGGAGGGACUGGCCCGAGUUCUUCCUCCUCCUGAACGAACCCGUCGUGGAUGAGAAUGGGCAGGUUGUCAGGGAUGCCCAGGGCCGCAUCUUGUACAAGGAUAGGGACCCGACAGUCGACGGCAUGGAGGAUGCGUUCCUGGACCUGUGGGAGACUAUUGCAAAUUCCCGUCCGCUGGCGAAUUUUGUGAGCCAAGAUGCUCGCAAGGACGGCAAUUUGCUUGUUUCGCGCACACGGGCCACCACGGAUUUGUGUGUUUAA